AAGAAAGAAAGAGGGGGGCAGAAUGCUUUUUGCCCUGUAGGCUAAGGGAAUACCAUCUGCUGGGUCUGUCUCUCCCUGAAGCAUUCCUCUCUGGGCUCAACUUGCCUGAGGACAGAGAUCUUAGAGAGCAUUUACUAGGAGCUGCCCUUGGCACUGGUGCCACAUGCUAGUCUCUGACAUGCCUGGGUACAGGGACAAGGCUGACCUCAGCUGCUCCACUACCUUCACAGGGAAUUGUGCUAUUUAGGAGUGACCUGCAUACAGGACAACCAAAUCCCUGUUCCAGAAGUUAUGGCAGAAAUGGCAUUUCCAUUUAACCAAAUUUGUCUUCUCAGAGCCCCCAAACUGCUCUGUCUGGGUCUUAUUUUCUCUUCAGUAGCACCACCUGAUCCCUCCAAACCAAGAUGCCUUUGGUCCUUCAUUCCCUCACAGUGUGAACAAUCCCUAAGCAGCUGGGAUUUAGCAGAGCCAGAAUGUGCUGCUGAAUGGAACUGCUGAAUAAGAGCCCAAGAGAAGGGCUGGGGGCAUCUUUGCAAAGUGGACUCUCCUGAGGGAAAUCAUGCCAGCUCCAGAAAGUAACCAUCUAGCUGCAACCGACUUCCCCAAAGGGUGCCUUGGGGCUUCCCAGGCACUAUGGAGAGAGAGGACACUGGCUUUUUUUCUGGGACAGGCCAGCUCAGAGGAGGAGGAGCAGAAGGAGGAGCAAAUAUCCAUCCCAAAGCAAAAAGCAAGGCUGUAGCCAAAGUCUGGAGUGGGGAAACUAAUGGGAAUCAGCUUGCUGGAGGGAGUGGGGACAGAAGUCUGGAAUGGCCAGGGCAGGGCUGCUGAAGAGGGGGUUGGGAGAAGAAGGCUGAUUGAGACCAGCUGUUGCUCCUCAGUCUCAGAGAUCUUUGGACUAUGCCCUGGGGCCGGCUUACACCCUACUUCAAGCCACAAGCAAUCAACACAGGUUGUCUGGGGCAGCCCAAGUCUCCCCUUUCCACUGUGGCUCCCAGAGCCCUCUGAAACAAAAGAUCAGAGCGGGACUCUCCAUCCACCAGCUGGACUCCUCCUUCCCAUUGCCAGUCCCCACCCCUGUCUGUUCCAGUCCAGGAAAGGGUCGGACGAAGAGGCCAGAGAAACAGCCCUGCCCCUCUCCCCAGUUCCUCCAUCUACUCAGCAUCGGCAUCUGGAAACCCCAUGGCCUGGGCUCACUGGGGCUGCUGCCCUUGGCUUAUCCUCUUCUGUGCUUAUGCCUGGAGCCACCCAACGCCAGCAGACCUUGCAAGAGAGGAUGUGAGAAACUGUUCUACUAGCCCUCCGCACCUUCCAGUUACUGCAGUCAAUACUACACUGAGGCUGACAGCCCUCCGCCAGAAGAUACAGGCCUGGAAUCUCUCCGCCUACAUCAUCCCAGACACAGAUGCCCACAUGAGUGAGUACAUUGGCAGACAUGAUGAGAGGCGUGCGUGGAUUACAGGCUUCACAGGGACUGCAGGUGUUGCAGUGGUGACCCUGAGGAAAGCAGCUCUCUGGACCGACAGUCGCUAUUGGACUCAGGCUGAGCGACAGAUGGACUGCAACUGGGAGCUCCAUAAAGAAGUUGGUACCACUCCCAUUGUCACCUGGCUGCUGGCUGAGAUUCCUUCUGGAGGGAGUGUGGGCUUUGACCCUUUCCUCUUCUCUAUUGACUCCUGGAAGAGUUAUGACCUGGCCCUCCAGGGCUCCAACAGACAGCUGGUGUCCAUUACAUCCAAUCUUGUGGAUAUGGUGUGGGGAUCAGAAAGGCCCCCAGUGCCAAGCCAACCUAUUUAUGCCCUGCAGGAGGCAUUCACAGGGAGCACUUGGCAGGAGAAAGUAUCUGGCAUCCGAAGCCAGAUGCAGGCGCAUAGCAAGGCCCCAACUGCUGUUCUUCUGUCGGCACUUGAUGAGACGGCCUGGCUCUUCAACCUUCGCAGCAAUGACAUCCCCUAUAACCCCUUCUUCUAUUCCUACACGCUGCUCACGAACUCCUCCAUCAGGUUAUUUGUAAACAAGAGUCGCUUUAGCCCUGAGACUCUACAGUACCUGAAUUCCAGCUGCACGGGCCCCAUGUGCGUGCAACUUGAGGACUACAGCCAAGUCCGUGACAGCGUCCAGGCCUAUGCCUUGGAAGAUGUGAGGAUCUGGAUUGGGACCAGCUAUACCAUGUAUGGGCUCUAUGAAGUAAUACCCAAGGAGAAACUCUUGGCAGACACCUACUCCCCAGUGAUGGUGACCAAGGCAGUGAAGAAUAGCAAGGAGCAGGCACUCCUCAAGGCCAGCCAUGUGCGGGACGCUGUGGCUGUGAUCCGGUACUUGGUCUGGCUGGAGAAGAAUGUGCCCAAAGGCACGGUGGAUGAGUUCUCAGGGGCAGAGCUCGUGGACAAGUUCCGAGGAGAAGAAAACUUCUCCUCUGGACCCAGUUUCCAAACCAUCUCUGCUAGUGGCCUGAAUGCUGCCCUGGCCCACUACAGCCCAACCAAGGAGAUGCAUCGCAAGCUGUCCUCAGAUGAGAUGUACCUGGUGGAUUCUGGGGGACAGUACUGGGAUGGGACCACAGAUAUCACCAGAACAGUCCACUGGGGCACCCCCUCUGCCUUCCAAAAGGAGGCAUAUACCCGUGUGUUGAUGGGAAACAUUGAUCUGUCCAGACUUAUCUUUCCUGCUGCUACAUCAGGGCGAAUGGUGGAAGCCUUUGCCCGUAAGGCCUUGUGGGACAUUGGCCUCAAUUAUGGUCAUGGGACAGGCCAUGGCAUUGGCAACUUCCUGUGUGUGCAUGAAUGGCCAGUGGGAUUCCAGUCCAACAACAUUAAGAUGGCCAAGGGCAUGUUCACUUCCAUAGAACCUGGUUACUAUCAGGAAGGAGAAUUUGGGAUCCGUCUUGAAGAUGUAGCCCUCGUAGUGGAAGCAAAGACCAAGUACCCAGGGAGCUACCUGACCUUUGAAGUGGUGUCCUUCGUGCCCUAUGACCGAAACCUCAUUGAUGUCAGCCUGCUGUCCCCUGAGCAGCUCCAGUACCUGAAUCGCUACUACCAGACCAUCCGGGAGAAGGUGGCCCCAGAGCUACAGAAUCGCCAGCUAUUGGAAGAGUUGGCCUGGCUGCAGAAGCACACAGAGCCCCUGUCUGCCAGUGCCCCCCACUCCACCUCCUUGGCCUCUGCUUUGCUAGCCACCACUCUUGCCUUCCUCAUCCAGAAUAGCUAGAGGCUCCUGACUCCCCUGCUGACCUCCACCUAGAUGUGAGACUUGCUGAGUUCCCCUCCCCCUGUACCACACAAGCCCCAAGAGCACUUGCUGGCCCAUUACCUAGAAACUGUUGCCCUUGGCCCCCUCUGGAAGGACAGAUCCCAGGCAGAUUCCAGGCAGAUCCCAGGCAGCACAGGCAGCUCACACACCCCUCCCCAGGCCUGUGCACCUCACCCUGAGCCCCUAGUUUGGGAAAACAGAGCCAAUUAUGCCUUCCCUUCUGUGAGCCCAGACUGCUAGAGCUACUUCCUCUCCCCCCAAAUAAAAAACCAAUCAGGCAGUGCCCCUACUCCUAGGGCUCCAUGUCCUGGGGAGAACUCCGCCCUAUUACCACCUAGUGGAGAUUGUCAGAGCUGCUUCCACCCACACUGGCUCCUGAAUUUGUGGCCUUUCCAACCCUUAAGGCUGCCUUUGGCCACCCACCUGUCCCCAGCUCCACUUUGGCCUCCUGGCUACAGCCCAUAGAGCUGAAGGAGCAGGACUCCCCCAGGCUAAUUGCUGUACCUUAGAGGAAGACAAAGGAAGGGUGACUGUGUCAUCUGUUUGGAGAGAGCUACUUAGGAUUGAGGAGAACAACAAAUCUAGUGGGGGGGCAGGGUAAGCCUGGAGCCAGAGGCCAGCCAGGAGCACACGCCAGCGCCAUCCACACACAUGGAAGCCCACUGCUCCCAAACCCCAAGUGCACUCUGUUCCAAUGACAGCAGGGAAGGUGAAAGUGUAGGACUUUGGCUAUGGAGUAGGAGGGACUGUGGCAAGGUACUCUAGAAUAUGGUGCUACCAGAGGUUAGAGAAUGAUGUCACUAUCCCAGGUUUCCCUGGCAUUCAAGGAGCCCUUUUAACUUUCUAAAAUGCAGCCACAUUGGCAAUACUAUUAAAUCCUCCCACAUCCUUGGAUGACCCUUAACCUCAGGUGGGUAGAGUCUAGGUUCCACAUUUCACGGACAGUAAAACUGAGCUUCAGGAAGAAGGUGGUCCCUGCCUGAGGACACGCAACACGCAUGGGGAGAUGGCCUGCAAUCCAGCUCUGUUGCCCUUCAGCACCAUGCAGCAACUCUUAACCCACCUCCCAGCCCCCUCCUCAUUGGUUGAGCCCAGCUUUCUCGGGCCUCAGUCAGCCGUUAGCCACCUGGGCUCACAUCCUGCUAGAUGCUUAAAACAGCCUUGCAAAGAUGCCUGCCUCUGGUUUUGUAUUGUGUCUGCUCUGUUGCUGGAGGCUGCUGUUACCUGUGGCUUUUGUGGUGGAGGAGGAAGAGGAGAGGUUGAGGUGGGGGUGGGGACUUGAGGCUCCAGAAGCUCAGUGGGGGAGCACAUGGGCUUGAGAAUGUGCACGUGAGCCUGUGUGUGAGUGUGCUCCUGAACAUGUAUGCGCAUGCUCUCUCUGCCUAGCCAGCUGCCUCCAGCCUGUGCUAGAGGUGUGGAGGGGACAGAGAGAAGCCUCAUGCUGGGAACUUGCCAAAUGUGGGCCAGAAAUUUGGGGCCAGAACAGACACUGUGUUCUGGGGUGGUGGGGAGGUGAGAACCAAGGCUCUGGGGACAGGGUGCUAGGCAAAGGAACCAGGCUAAGAAGUUGCCCAGCCUGGCAGCACAAGGCCUAGUUUGCUGAACAUGAGGAUGACUAUGACAGUCAUCACCAAAUCUUGCAUCCUAAUGUCAGAGCUCAGACCACCCUCACUGAGAACCUGUAGCACCCAGUGGUGGGCCUCUGUUUGCUGGGUCCUUUGCUCUCUUGCCUGCUCACCACACAGACAGCUACUAUUAAUAAAAUUAAAGUCAUUUCCAUCA